UUUAAUAAUGUUAUAGGUUUUUAAAAAUACCAAUCCAGUCCAAACGCCGAAGUAGAAGAGACAAUGACCGACUCCUAAUCUCUACUCUCUCUCUAUGCGUCUAGAAUCUUCUUCGAUUGUUUCAAAAGCCAGCAAAUUCCCUUAAUUUCUUGUAACCUCCGGUUUGCUUGCUGUUAUUGUUCCUAAUUUUGAGUCUUCUUUGGGUAGUGAUUAGUAAAUCUCAGUAAUGGAGGAUGUCAAGGAGCAGCAAAGUCAAUCCCAUGGUGAAGAUGGUGAGAAUGAAAUAGUUACUGAAGAUACUGCAUUUGUGCAUAGGGAACCACCGCAAGAUGUUAGUGGACCUCCAAAAGUCGAUUCUGAGGUGGAAAUUCUUCACGAGAAAGUAACAAAGCAGAUCACCAAGGAAGGCCAUGGUAACAGGCCAUCAAAGUAUUCAACAUGUUUCUUGCACUACAGGGCAUGGGCUGAAAGCACCCAGCAUAAAUUUGAAGACACAUGGCAUGAACAACAGCCACUUGAAUUGGUUUUAGGCAAAGAGAAAAAAGAAAUGACUGGUUUGGCUAUUGGUGUCUCAAGCAUGAAGUCGGGUGAACGUGCGCUGCUGCAUGUGGGCUGGGAAUUAGGUUAUGGAAAAGAAGGAAGCUUUUCUUUCCCAAAUGUUCCACCCAUGGCAGACUUAUUAUAUGAGGUUGAGCUUAUUGGGUUUGAUGAAACCAAAGAAGGAAAAGCUCGUGGUGACAUGACUGUAGAGGAAAGAAUUGGUGCAGCAGAUCGAAGAAAGAUGGACGGGAAUGCUUUUUUUAAGGAGGAUAAGUUAGAGGAGGCCAUGCAACAGUAUGAAAUGGCCAUAGCGUACAUGGGUGAUGACUUUAUGUUCCAGUUAUUUGGGAAGUAUCGAGACAUGGCUUUAGCUGUCAAAAAUCCAUGUCAUCUCAACAUGGCAGCUUGUCUUAUAAAGCUCAAGCACUAUGAAGAAGCCAUUGGACACUGCUCCAUUGUAUUAUCAGAGGAUGAAAAUAACGUGAAAGCUAUGUUCAGACGUGGAAAGGCCAGAGCAGAACUCGGGCAAACAGAUGCUGCACGGGAAGACUUUCUAAAGGCUCGCAAAUAUGCACCUGAAGACAAAGCGAUUGCAAGGGAGUUGCGCUUGCUUUCAGAACAUGACAAGGCUAUGUACCAGAGGCAAAAAGAGAUCUAUAAAGGAAUUUUCGGACCAAGACCUGAACCUAAACCCAAGAGAACUAAUUGGCUAAUCCUGUUGUGGCAAUGGCUUCUGUCACUAUUCUAUCGCAUACUCAGGCGUGAAAGAGUCAAAGCUGAUUAAUUUAAGCUCUGAAUUUCCAAAAGCAAUACUCGAAUCAAAGCUUUGAAUUAUUUUACUAGUUAUUGGAAAUGUUCUAGGUGGCAUCUGCUUUGACAUCUUAGAUGUUUUUGUUGUUGUUGUUGUCGAUGACUACCAAGUGCUUUAGGUUUCGGUGUCUAUAACACGCUUUCUGAAAUUCAGAAUGCAUGAGGAUAUGUGCGUGGAAACUGCAUAAUGUUAAAAGCUCCGAGAUAAUAUAGCCUAUGUUGCUUCACUGAAGCUCGUUUUCAAAGAGAUUAAGUUUAUUUUUCUCUUUCUCGUCAUUCUUCUCACGAGAGCUGUCAUCCCUGUAAUUGGUAUUUGAAACUGCCCAAUUUUCCUUUUUCAAUGUAAGCAGGGAAAAGGCAACAAAUGGGUUUGUUUGCCUAGUGUGAAGUUGAAUUCUUGUGCUUAAACAUGGGUCGAUUAUUCUUUUGGAAAAAAUAACAAAC